CCGAGACGACGUUGAUAUCGUCGUUGCCGUCGUUUUGGAGUCUGAUGCGCACAUGUUGGUCGGAUCGAGGUGGUCGUCUCGAUGGGCGAACUUCAGCACUGAAGACGGUGCUUGGUCCAGCGGCAAGAAGACGUACCAACGAGGCCGCUGUUAUGGCGGCGGCGCUUGUCUCAUGCAGUACUCGCAUGACAAGGCUAUUGGAGAAGCGCUGGCAGCUCUGAUUGCUUUGUGGCGGCGUCUGGCGAAGCGUCUGACGUUCUUGAAGGCGCUGCAGAGGAGCGCGCUGCUGCUACUGUCGAAUCCUGAUGUGCCCAUGAUCGUAGGACGGAGACGAGGCCCCUCAGAAGCCAUUGGUGCAUAGGCUCUUUCACAACCAGCGUCUGUGCUGACUGGUACUGCAGCCGCGGUGCUUCACCUCUCUUGGGAAAGAGGGUACAGCUGCGACAAGCUCGAUUGUCGACCUGGCGCAAGGAUCACCGUUGAGGAAGACCUGUCAGCCACGGAACUCACGCUGUAGGCCGUCUCUUUGCGGGUCUGUGGUGUUGGCGGUCGACGCUCA